AACAACCAAUUAGAAGGGGAAUUAUUGCGUCAAGCGGAAGUGAGUCCUAUGAGAAGUUGAACUCAUUAAGUUGCACGGAACUUUGGAAUUCAAGAAACUCCCUUCACAUAACCAUCAUUUGGCUUUGGUUCAUGACCAGAAUUCUCGCGCAAAAUCUAACCAACCAAUGAAGUCCUGGCCAAGAUGCUGGUCGAAAAUCACCGGCAGACCAAGAAGGUUAUCAUAAUCUACGUAGCAGAAGUAAUAGGAGUUCGACUAGAAUGUGAGUCCUAAGCUGAGGCGCUAAAAACGCGCACCUUAUGGGAUCCUAUUUGAGGAGGACGAGGAGGCGUGUGGAUUGUGGAGAGGACUUUUUAAAACGUAAUGAUGGUUCUGUGAUUGGAAGUGUUGCCAUGGGAUCUUUCGAGUGAUGAUCAUGAAGAACGGUGUGCUCUUUUCUUUGUGCUUGAUUACGUCGGCAAGAGUGUCUGAAGGGGCAAUUGUGGAUUGUGAUACCGAGAGCAAAAAGCAGCCUUGUCUCUUCCCGUACCAAUACGAAGGCUCCUUGCGAUUUGAGUGCGUUAAGUUGCCAUCACGUAGCAGAAAGGACUCUUUUUGUCCCACUUCAAUAGACGAACAAGGAAAACCUUCGAACUGGGAACAAUGUGGAUCAGCUUGUCCAAUUCAAGCAUACCAUACCCACGAACAGAUCCGUUCAGAGUUCAAGGAGUUGAUCACGGAUUUUCCAGAUCACUCGGAGAUCUUUUCCAUUGGAGCAUCGAAACGGGGCCAUGAUCUUCUGGGGAUUCGUAUCAGCCACGACCUCAAGAGAAAACCCAAUAAGUUUGAGUUUCGACCACGUGUCAAACUGAUCGGAAACAUGCAUGGUAAUGAGCCUUUAGGUCGUGAGAUCCUUAUCCACAUGGCCAAGUAUCUGUUGUUGGCCAAUCAAUUUGGAGAUCCACAAGUGAAGGAGAUUCUCACCAAUGUCGAUUUGUACAUACUGCCCACCAUGAAUCCAGAUGGUUUCAUCCGAGCCAAGAAAGGCCGCUGUAUUGGUGAAAACUAUUGGUCAGGCCGUUUAAACGAAGGUUUCGAAGACUUGAAUCGGGACUUUCCCAAUUGGUGGGACUGGAACCAUUACCGAAGCAAUGCAUCGUACGACAUCUUUGACAAACGCCAACCUGAGACCAAAGCUGUGAUGGAUUGGACUAUGGAAGGAUACUUUACCCUCUCACUGAAUUACCACGAUGGAGCCGUGGUUGUGAGCAUCCCAUGGGAGAACUAUCAUGGAAACACCCAAAGGCGAGGUCCCUUUGAGAGUCCAGAUCAAGAUGUCCUGUUCCAUUUAGCCACCUCCUAUUCGUUCAAUCACAAGACCAUGAACGACACCGCCAAAGCUUGUCCCAAAUGGGGAACGUUUGAAAAUGGCGUCACCAAUUCAGCUGAUUGGUACGUGGUCAAUGGAAGCAUGCCGGAAUUUAAUUAUCUGUUCACCGGAACCUUUGAAAUCUUGGUUGAAGUAUCUUGUUGCAAAUAUCCUGCACCCUUCAAGCUUCUGAAUGAAUGGGAAAACAACUGGCGUGCAAUCCUGGCCUUUUUGGAGCAAUCCUAUGGUAGGGGAAUUCAAGGCGUGGUCACCGAUUCCAGGGGCAGGGUUAUUCAAAAUGCUAGAAUUCUGGUUCACGAAGUCCGUCGAAAUCCAAAAGCCGAUCAAGGGUCCGACGGCUCGGAUUGGAACCGUGUUCCGGUAAGAUCCGAUGGACGUGGAAUUUACACCAGGCUCAUCUCUAAACCCGGAGAAUAUCAAGUUGUUGCUUAUCUUGAAGAACGGAACACUACCGGAUCUUUUGAAGUGAAGGCCAUGUCCAAACCUCAUUUGAUCAAAAUUGCAGCCAGAAACUCACGUUUAGAGAGGCUGGAUUUUGUCAUUGCCUGAAUAAAAAAUGUUACAAUGAUACACAUAACAUCUAGACUGGAU